GACCGGCUGAACUUCCCGGGUUGGGCAGUAGCUCCUCCGAGUUGUGACGCUCCUCGUCCCGCCCAGCAACCCCUCCUUCCUUACCCCGCGCCCGCCUGGUGGUCCCUCUGCUCUUUCUUCCCAUCGCUCAUCGCCCACACCGGCCGUCCAGCCAACUAACUUUCGGACCAUGGCCAACCUCGAGCGUACCUUCAUUGCCAUCAAGCCAGAUGGCGUGCAGCGCGGCCUGGUGGGCGAGAUCAUCAAGCGCUUCGAGCAGAAGGGGUUCCGCCUGGUGGCCAUGAAGUUCCUUCGGGCUUCUGAGGAACACCUGAAGCAGCACUACAUUGACCUGAAAGACCGUCCUUUCUUCUCAGGGCUGGUGAAGUACAUGAACUCGGGGCCCGUGGUGGCCAUGGUCUGGGAGGGGCUCAAUGUGGUGAAGACAGGCCGAAUGAUGCUGGGAGAGACCAAUCCAGCUGACUCUAAGCCAGGCACCAUUCGAGGGGAUUUUUGCAUUCAAGUUGGCAGGUAAGUGUGUGUGUGUGUGUGUUAAGAG